AAGCGUUAGAAGUACCAGUAAGUGGAAAGUAAAAGGCUGGCUUUGUGUUUUACGACAGAAUUCAAAGCAACGCUACUGUACACGCGCGGCCUGCGUUCAAAGCUAAAACCCUAACCGGGAAAACUCUUACCUUGAUACUUGGUGCCUCACCGGUAACGAUUUUUAUCGGUGAAAACGAUGAAGGUGGUGGCGCUCGUAAGCGGCGGCAAGGACAGCUGUUAUGCCAUGAUGAAAUGCAUCCAAUACGGCCACCAGAUUGUUGCAUUGGCAAAUCUGAUGCCUGCUGAUGACUCGGUGGAUGAGUUAGAUAGCUACAUGUAUCAAACUGUUGGGCACCAAAUAAUUGUCAGCUAUGCAGAAUGCUUGGGGGUGCCAUUGUUCAGAAGGAGAAUACAAGGAUCCACAAGGCAUCAAAAGCUUAAUUACAUGACAACUCCAGGUGAUGAAGUGGAAGAUAUGUUUAUUUUGUUAAAUGAAGUUAAAAGACAGAUACCCUCUAUUACAGCAGUAUCUUCUGGUGCUAUUGCAUCUGACUAUCAAAGGUUACGAGUUGAGAGUGUUUGUUCAAGGUUAGGGCUUGUUUCUCUAGCAUAUUUAUGGAAACAAGAUCAGUCAGUGCUGCUUGAAGAGAUGAUAAAAAAUGGGAUUGUGGCUAUCACCGUAAAGGUUGCAGCCAUGGGAUUGGACCCAGCAAAGCACUUAGGCAAAGAAAUAACCUUCUUGAAAUCCCAUCUGCACAAGUUGAAAGAGUUAUAUGGGAUUAAUGUAUGUGGUGAAGGAGGGGAAUAUGAAACUUUGACACUUGACUGCCCACUCUUUGUUAAUGCCAGAAUCGUGCUCGAUGAGUUUAAAAUUGUACUGCACUCUUCAGAUUCUAUUGCUCCAGUUGGGGUCAUUCAUCCUUUAGCAUUUCAUUUAGAAAAUAAGGAAAAGGCUGCUUUAUCUAGUGAUAAUGACAAAACCAAUGAUUUAGUCCAUGAAAAAGUGGGUUCUGUGAUUGAAGUGGAAGGAGAUUGCUCAAAAGGAAGUGAGACUCCUUCUCAGUCGGCUACUGAAAUCACUGAUUUAGUUGAAGUUAAACAUGAAAGACUUCACAUCUCAAGAACAAAGAAGGAUAAUACAUUUUCUAUUUCAUGCUGGUUGCAAGAAUCGUGCCAAACUUUCACAGCUUUGCACGAAGAUCUAGCGAUUGUUCUAAGGCACAUUGAAUCGCAGCUUACAAGGUGUGGCUUUGGUUGGGAGCAUGUCCUGUAUAUUCAUCUCUACAUUGCUGAUAUGAAUGAGUUUGCUUCAGCAAAUGAGAUGUAUGUUAGGUUCAUUACACAGGAUAAAUGCCCUUUUGGUGUUCCAUCCCGUAGUACAAUAGAACUGCCUUUGUUGCAAGUGGGUUUGGGAAGGGCAUACAUUGAAGUUCUGGUGGCAAAUAACCAAAGCAAAAAUGUCUUGCAUGUACAGAGUAUUUCCUCAUGGGCUCCUAGUUGCAUUGGACCAUAUAGCCAGGCAACUUUGCAUAAGGAGAUGCUUCACAUGGCUGGGCAAUUGGGGCUUGAUCCUCCCACAAUGACCAUAUGCAGUGGAGGCCCUGCUGCUGAGCUGGAACAAGCACUAGAAAACAGUGAAGCGGUGGCAAAAUGCUUCAACUGUUCAAUAUGUACCUCUGCUAUUCUCUUAACCGUUUACUGUUCAAAACACAUUCCUUUGUCCGAGAGACUUAAGAUUCAGGACAAGCAGGACUCUUUUAUUAAACAUAUGAGAAUGCUUGAACUAGAUAAAGCAAGCCCAUGUGAAGUUGUUGAUCCCAUAUCUCUAUAUGUCCUUGUGCCUGAUCUACCGAAAAGAGCAUUCAUUGAAGUAAAGCCUCUUCUUUUUGUCUCAAAGAAUGCAGACAUGGCGAAUGUAACUGCUCAUAACCUGUCUUCUACAAUGCUGCCUAACUGUUGGGGUUUUCAGAAGGCGCAUUGGCAUGAUUCUUGCAUUCAGAAAUGUGUUAUUAAUGGGAAGAUAUGUGCAGUUCUUUUGUCUAUUACAAGUGAUAUUAUUGCAAAAAUCUGUUCAGAGUCUCUUGGUACCAAUGAGGAUCACGAAAAUUCUAUCAUGAAGGGGCAUAUGGAAAGAGUUUCAAGAUUUUGCAUUUAUCUUCUUGAUGAAGUGGUUAUGGAGAAUGGUUUUUCUUGGGAAGAUACAAUGACAUUGAGAGUCUACUUCCCGAGCCUUGACAUGACCAUGGAGACAUUGUCACUCAUGUUCACUAGUGCUUUCAAAGAACUUUCUGAAAUGGGCAGGAGGGUUCAAAUUGGAUCAGAACCCAUGUUCAAUAUUGUUCCAGUCUUAGGUGCUGGCAGGUCUGCAUCAAUGGAUGAUGUAAUUACCUGUGAAUUAUUGGCUCAGAAAUCCUGAAUAUUGUUAUUUCAUGAAUCUUUUAUAAAUCUCAUUUAUUUUUUUGCCCCAUCAGAAA